AUGGGCGGAAGGUGUGAAGCAUGCAGAGCAAACAUAAAUGUUACUCAAAAACGAAUAAAAUGCACACAAUGUUCGCAUAACUACCAUUCAGAGUGCAUAAAUUUUAAUAAUGAUACUGCUUCAAGAUCUGAAUGGAAGUGUCCCGCUUGCACUGCUUCUUAUCGAAAAGGUGAUAACAGUAACACUCCGAUACGAACUAAUAAGUCUCCUUCAAACACCGUUUACGAUAAAACUACGUAUAGAUCAUCAAACAAAAGUACUGACCAGCCUACAUGUAUCACUGAGACCAGUAGUUGCCAACCAUAUAAUUUGGAAUUAAUUAAUAGCAUAGAGUUACUGUUAGACAAAAAACUCAGUGCUAUAAAAUUCGAUAUAAUUCAAGAGUUGAAAUUAUCACUUAUCACUGAAAUAAAAAACGAAAUAACUAAUAACCUUAAACAGCUGGAAGAAUCGCAUAACAGUUUGCUAAAUGACUACAACAAUCUUAAAAGUAAUUUUGAAAAAACUUCAACAAAAUGUCCAGAAUGGCGAGAUGAAACUGGCGGAAUUAUGUGCGCAAAUAAAAAAAAAACAACAAUGGGGUAG